AUGAAGCAAAUUAACAGUUGGAUCCAAAAAAUAUUAUUUCCUUUUCGUCACAAAUGUCCAAUUUGUCAUGCUAAUUGGAGCCAUCAAUUGCAUGGAUUUCACCAAUACCUUCAAGCAAAAACACCCUUUAAAAAGACAAUCUGGGUUUUUACAAUUUUUUAUUUUUUACUUUUUGCACUUCAUUAUUCUGUUUUUUUAUUAAAUGAUUAUGUUGAUAGAAGAGUGGUCAAAAGGCUAUAUUUCCCAAAUAUAACAAUAUGCCCUAAAUAUGUAGAUUCACUAAAUUUUACAGCUAUAGAACAAGUUUUGUUUAAAUAA